CGAUCGRGGAAGUCAAUGAAAAUUAAGUUCCAUGGAYGGAAAAACGAYUGACUUUGCAAUGGCAAAAUUUGAAGAGGAACAAAAACCACCCAAGCCAAAUAACAAAAACCAGACCUCAGCUGAGAUGUGGCGGGAGUUUGUGGAUAACACGACAUUGCAUGGGAUUCGUUAUGUCUUCAUGAGGCGCCAUGUUCUCAUUCGUCUUCUCUGGCUUUUGUUAUUGCUUUCCUCAGGUGGUUACUAUGUAUUUACAGUUUACAGAGCUUUUAACAAAUACUACAGUCGUCCAAUAAGCACUGUAUUAAGCAGGAAAAAUCUCAAAGAAAUGGACUUUCCAGCUGUUACGAUCUGCCAACUCAACCUUUUUGCUAGAAGCAAAAUUCUCAUGACUGAUGACAACCCACAAUUUGCAUCCAGCGGUUUAAACCUCAGCUCAUGCGCCGUGACCUCAGAGGUUCGAGGUCAUCGGCCAUGUGGGUUGUCACUGCUUUGCUGCUGUGCGCCCAUUUCUGAAGAAAAGGCCCUUGUUUUACCAAACUGCACAAGACAAUAUCGACAAGAUCUCUUAGCUGUCAUGCAGACAUCAGGUCAUCAGCCCAAUAUCGAAGAAUUGUAUCAGUACUACAGCCAGAACAUAAGUGAAUUCGCUAGAACCUGGUGCACGUUUGGCUGGCAAGAGACGGAAUGUUCAGCAAAAGACUUCGUUCCCGUGGUAACUCCAUGGGGGAUGUGUUAUACCUUUAACUCAGGUAUUGAUGGUAAGGUAAAAUCAGUGAAUACCGCUGGGGUUUCCUCCGGUUUGACUCUGAUUCUCGACACACAGACAUAUGAGUAUACUCAAGGAAAGUUUUCUGAAGGAUUUAAGGUGUUGAUUCAUGGACAAGGUGAAUAUUUCGAUGAAUGGGAAGGAAUCAAUGUAGGACCAGGACAGCACGCCUUUAUUGCUCUCUCACAGAAAAGGUUUGAGAAUUUGGAAAAGCCAUACGCCACCAACUGCACGAGAAAAACGUUGAAAACCUUUUCUACUUACACACCAGAAGGAUGCCUCCAUGAAUGUGGAGCAGAAGAAACUAUAAACAAGUGUAAAUGUCGAAUCGCGGGCUAUAAAGGUUCUCCCGAGAUUCGCACCUGCACAUCACCCGAAGACGAGACCUGCAAUUACGAGAUAGACGCAUCUUUAGACGAGGACAUCUGUGAUUGCCAAGUUCCCUGUGCUCAGACUAGGUACAAUACUGAAGUAUCUUAUUCAAGGUUCCCCGACACUGGCACCGCUAAUGCACUUAUACUGGAUGGCUACUAUGACAACGAGCAGUACCAAAGGGAUAAUCUGGUGCUGUUACAAGUGGGAUUCAAGUCACUGAGUUAUGAGAUGCAAAAACAGGAACCAGCUUACGAUAGCAACUCCUUGUUUGGUGAGAUCGGAGGUAACAUGGGAUUGUUUCUGGGAUGCAGCCUUCUGACCAUUUGUGAAUUUUUCGACUUUCUCGUCAGUUUCCUAGCCUCAAGAAACCGUCAAACUACUCAUCCAAUACAUGAGUACACUGACAGAAAGUACUCAGAAGGGUUUAAGCUGUUGGUACAUGGACAAAGCGAAUAUAUCGAUGAAUGGGAAGGAAUAAAUGUGGGACCAGGACAGCACAUUUUGAUUGCUUUAUCGCAGAAGAGGGUAGUUAUACAUAAUUAA